AUGGAAUUGUGGUCGUGCGCAUUUGUCUGCGCAGUUUUCAUAAAUCCGUCUCACCUCACUACACAUGCGCAAUCAGCUCAAAUUUGUCUCACUUCAGUGCACGUGAUCUGUGCUGAUAUUGUUCAAUGCGCUUUGGAACGUAUUGGCAUAUUGUUCAACGCGUGCUCUGUGCUCAUAUUGUUCCUGAACGCGCUUUGGAACGUAUUAGCAUAUUGCGAAGAAAAGAGAUUCGAAUUAGACUAUAAAACAUUAAAAAGGUAAGAGAUUUUAACCUUAUAAAUUGUCCUAAUAUUGUAAAGUUGGCUACGGCUUGAUAUUUUUUAUUGACUAUUAAUGUAGUGCGAAGAUCAUUAUUGGUGGUAUUGGAUCAUUAUUUGGUAAAAGGUACGAGAUAUCAACCGAUAUUCUGUUUUUCAAUAAGCGCAAGAUUGGCAGUUGUUUGUUGUUUUGCCUGAUUUUUUAGUUUAAUUUGUUUCGCUAUAUACACCGUGUAAUAUUAGCGCAGUUGGUGGCUGGAUAUUUGGUUUAGCAUUUCGUGCGACGUGUGACAGAUAGUAUUUGUAUGUGGCGUAUUUGAAAUAUAUCGUUUAUUGUUUUGCUUGCUUCGAUUUAUAAACUAUUUUUAAUCAGUUGAAGUUUUAAGAUAGAAAAACAUUUUACUAGCUUUGGCCCUUUUAAAAUUUUGGCGUAUUUGAGCCUCGUGUUCAGUUGGCGUCUUUGCUCGCCUGACACCUCGUGCGAAAUAUUACUAUUAGACUAUAAAACCUUAAAAAGGUAAGAGAUUUUAACCUUAUAAAUCGUCCUAAUAUUGUAAAGUUGGCUAUGGGAUAUUUUUUAUUGUUACCAAUAAUGAUCCUGUACCACCAGGCGAUCUUCGCACUACAUUAAUAGUCAACAAAUUGAAAAUCAAUAAAAAAUAUCAAGCCAUAGCCAACUUUACAAUAUAAGCCAUAGCCAACUUUACAAUAUUGUCCUAAUAUUGUAAAGUUGGCUAUGGCUUGAUAAUUUUUAUUGAUUUUCAAUUUGUUUGACUAUUAAUAUAGUGGGAAGAGUCACUAUAGGUGCCUGGUGGUACUGGAUCAUUCUUGGUAAAAGUGUUACGAAAGUAUUAAAAAUAGUAUAAAAAAUAGUUCAAUUUGCACCCCAGGUAAUUAUAAAAUACUAAUUACGUCGAAUGGAGAGAUAAUGAGCAUAAUAAAACGGAUUAAGUAAAUCUCAUUUCGGACUUGAGAUUUAGAUAGACGGAUAGAUAAUUCGUCAAACUGUCAAAGUUGACCGAUAACCUUGCAUGGUGGCCUGUUGUGUUUACAUAAUCCAAGGCUGGCCCUUCAUUGACCGUGAAUGAGUGCAUGCUUAGGGCGUUUCUGUCAAUCAUUCUUUGGUAUAUUUCGCGCGGUUGAGUAAUGAUAACAUUACGUCAUCAAAAUCUUGGUUCAAUAAAAUUGUAAGUAAAUUUAGUUUAGUAUAUAUCGUUUAUUGUUUUGCUUGCUUCGGUUUAAGGUUUUAAGAUAUAGAAAAACAUUUUACUUUGGCCCGUUAAAAAUUGUUUUCGGCGUAUUUGAGCCUCGUGUUCAGUUGGUGUCUUUGCUCGCCUGACGCCUCGUGCAAAAUGUUACUAUUAGACUAUACAAAUUAGUGAUGGGCGAUACCAGGAUUUUUAAUUCGAUACCGAUACCGAUACUUUUAAGAUCGGUAUCGGCCGAUACCGAUACCUAUUUCGAUACCAAACUGAAGACAAAAUUUCAAUUUUCGAUACCGGAAGUGAGUACUUAAAUUGCUAGUAUCGGCUACUUUCGAUACCUGCCGCUCAGCGGAAAAACCUUUUACAUUACUGUAUGUAACCUAAAUAAAGGUAUAAGUAAAGUAAACCAAAAGCCCGAAACGUAAUAAAUAUUUUCUAUACAUGACUUGGCGCACCACAUUUGGAAUAUUAACAGUUAUUUUAGUGGUUCAUUAAGUCUUAUUCAACCAAGAAGUGAAAUUAAACCAGUCUUUUAAAAACGGGUGCAAAUAUCGAACGAUACCACGUCAGUAAUCGAUACCGAUACCGCUGUUUGUGGUAUCGCUGGUAUCGAAUACCGAGUACUCGGUAUCGCCCAUCACUAAUAUAAAUUGUCCUAAUAUUGUAAAGUUGGCUAUGGCUUGAUAUUUUUUAUUGAUUUUCAAUAGAGAGGACGGUGAUGCUGAAGGCUUGCCGAACACAGAAAAAGUCGAAUGCCCUGCAGAAGGAGUUUCAUCUCUUCAGCGCUUUUCUUCCUGCAAAAAGUGCCAAACGAAACUAAUUCGAAAUGAUGAAAAACAAUUGGUUAAAUGCGCAGAGUGUGGUUUGGCGCAAUUAUUCCACAAAUGCCAGCAGCGUUUAAUCGCAAACGUCAUGUUCUUGAAGGCGGGAAAUACAAUAUCUCAUUGUAUCAUAUUUACACAAGUCAAGUCGCUGGAGGUUCCACGGAAAGCUUUGAAUCGUUAG